AUGGCCCCAAUGCUCGGGGACUGGGAUGCCCCUACCACCUCAGCAUCCAAUUCCGAUGCAUGCUCUUCUCAAAAAAGCAUCCUCUACAUCGAUGCCUAUGACUCAUUUUCUUACAAUGUGGUGGCCAUGCUCGAGGAGACCCUCGGGGUCAAAGUGACCGUGAUCACCAUUGACUCACCAUGGCCCGACUCCAAUAUGAACGAGUUCCUCCAGCAUUUCGAGGCCAUUGUUCUAGGCCCAGGUCCAGGAGAUCCUAACAUCUCCAGCGAUGUCGGUAUCAUGAGAGAUGUCUGGGACCUGCAAGGCUCAGAGCUGUUGCCCGUUUUUGGAAUUUGCCUGGGCUUUCAGAGUCUUUGCCUUCACCACGGGGUCCCCAUUGAACGACUACCAUAUCCAAUUCAUGGCCAGAUUCACCAAAUAUCAUCAACCGGAAAGAAUAUCUUUGAGCAGUUGCCGAAGAUCGAAGUGACGCUUUAUCACUCGCUCUACGCAAAUUCUGCCUCUGCUUCAGCACCCGACUUGGAAUACCUGGCUUGGUUGGCUCUGAAGGAUCGCCCUGAAGCGCAGAUCCCCAUGGCAGCUCGGCAUAUCAAAAAGCCAUUUUGGGGCGUCCAGUUCCAUCCGGAAUCAUGCAAAUCAGACAUCAACGCUUGCAAGUCUCUGCUUCAAAAUUGGUGGAAGAUGGCGUUAGCUUUCAACAAGAAUGUUGGAAGAGGAGGUUAUUGCUCUCUUCCUGACACAGUCAUAAGUCCAAAUACUAUACUCAGUCCAUUCCCAGACGCUGCAUACGAAAUGCUCAAAUUGAGCAAGUCAACAUCAAAGAUUUCCGCUUCCAGGUCCUUCCAGCGAUCUGGCCUGACAGCUGAAGCAAUAAGCGAGCUUCUCAACAUGCCAGGCUCGCCUUCGGUUCUGUUCCAAUCUAACGGGCAAUACAACAUUGUCUCGGUUCCGAGUCCCGGCUCUUGGCGUCUGGAGUAUUAUGUUGAGACGCACGAGUUGCGACUGCUCCAAAUUUAUGGCGACUGCAAGGUGACCAAAAGCUGUGUCUCUGUGGUUCAAUUGUGGGAUGCUUUGCGGUAUCUGAUGGAAAUGAAGAAAGUUAAUGCGGGAAACACAGAGGUGCCAUUCUGGGGUGGCUUUCUAGGAUACUUUUCCUAUGAGUUAGGCCUCACUUGUCUCCCCCAUCCAGGAACAGCACAAGCUUCUGAGCCGCCAAGGCCUCAGAGCAGCGGCGGAUCUUCUGACCCGCUGGGAACUCCGCCUGAUGUGAGCCUCCUGUGGUGUGAAAGAAGCAUUGUUCUCGAGAAUAAUACAGGCAACAUCGUCAUUCAAUCUACCCGCGAAGAUGAUAAUGCCCCUCUGGGCUGGCUUGACGAAACCCUCCAAUCUUUGGAGGCGUUGACAGAUUCCAGGAAUGAGACCGACUCGGAUCAAGUUCUGGACUCUAUUCUCUCGCAGAGCAGGAUUCAGCUUCCGGAAGAAACGAAAUAUAAAGAGCAGAUUGAAAAAUGCAAAGCAGAAAUGGAAGCCGGCGAGUCAUAUGAGCUGUGUCUGACCUCCGAAACGAAAAUCACCCUUCCAGUCCCAGAAGAUGAAUCAACGCGAGUCGCCUUCCCCUGGAAGCUCUACAGACGCCUCAAAGCCUACAACCCAGCUGCAUUCAGUGCAUUCGCCGAAUUAGGCGAUACCAAAAUAGCCAGCAGCAGCCCGGAAUGCUUCCUCAACUGGGAUCGCGAGUCAACACUGGAAAUGAAGCCUAUGAAAGGCACAGUUCGCAAAUCCCCAGGUAUGACCAUGGAGAAGGCAUGCGAGAUUCUCGGCUCGACCAAAGAAAUGGCCGAAAACCUUAUGAUUGCAGAUCUGAUCCGUCAUGAUCUGUACGGAAUCUGCGGGUCCGGGGGCGUGCAUGUGGAGAAAUUGCUCGAAGUCGCAGACUACGGUCGUGUGUUUUCGAUGAUCACCCAUAUUAAGGGCACGAUCCGUCUGAAUCAUCCUGGCUUCGCCGUUCGGCACAUGCCGCAGCUGAAGACGCCUAAUAUGGCUGUGCAUGGAUUGACGACUCUUCAGCGAUGUCUGCCUCCGGGUUCCAUGACUGGUGCACCAAAGGAGAGAUCCUGUAUGCAUCUCCGGGCGAUUGAGAAUCGUAAACGUUCGAUUUACUCUGGAGUCAUGGGAUUUUUGGAUCUCGGUGGGGGUGGAAGCUUCAAUGUUUUGAUUCGUUCUGCUUUUACUUGCUCGGCUGGCUCGGAUUAUACUGAGAAGAAGCUUCAGACUUGGCGCAUUGGUGCUGGUGGGGCUAUUACCAUGCUCAGCACAGCGGAGGGAGAAUGGGACGAGAUGCUGACCAAGCUUCGUGUUGUUUGCAACAUUUUCAGGCCGUUGGAUAAGAACUAG